ACGCCCAUUGUCAAGUCACAGACUUCAGAUCGAUAGAAGCAUUCUUUCCAGCGGUUGGGCCAUGGCCAUGCAGCUUUACAUGCUGAAAACAAUUACACUGGAAGGAAAUCACCCUCGGUCUCUGGAAUGUGCUCAACGCUUUCAACUCUGUAGAGACCGAGGGUGAUUCUGAUAAUAUCAAGAACUUCUCCGCCGUCAUCAUCAAUGAUACGGUUUUCAAGUAAAGUUUCACACACACUGGUGAACACCGUCAGCACGUUUAUCCAAACGGAGAGACCUAUGAACAAGUUCCAAGCUACUAUGCGAGUGUUGAAACACAGCAAGCUGUUUGAAAAGAUAGAUAUUCGAAAAUAUCACCAUUUUUGUUCCUUUGCGUGUUCUACAAUCUUCAAAGGAGAUCUUUCCAGCAACUGGGCCAAGCGAUGCGGCUUUCGAAGUGGGAAUCCGAGCUCUGGGCAACACCCAGAGCCUGGAGCUCCAAUUACUUCACCAUCUCAACAACAGCCAGUCCAUUCGCAACAUGACCGUGAAUGGGUCUCAAACAUUCUAAAUGGUUACCUGAAUGUCUCAGAUGAAUGGAUCUUUCAUGAUGAGGCUGUAUCAUCUUCUGUUGGUCGCUCAAAGAGUGUUAUUAGCAGUUGCUCGACCUUGAUCAAUCAUGAUCAUGAGUCUGUUGCUCCCUCUCUCGGCUGUCAGCCCUCCAUCUUUCGAUAAUGUCCGAGCAAAGCUGAGCUUUCAGCUCCGAUCAAGAGAAUUUUGGUGCCGAUGACAAUAUUUGAAGCUGCCUGCUAGACAGGAUGAAGGAACUGGACCCACUGUUUCGUUCAUCACACAGACAACGAUGAUCUCUCAACUAAGCUUGAAGCAUAUGCCAAGCGUAUGGUGCUGCCGGUGACAAUAUUUGAAGCCAGUCCCCAGUGAGCAGAGGCUUCCAAAACGACGGGGAGAUGCACUAGAGAAACUAAGCGAAAACUUAUUCAGAACGGGUAAGCCAAAAAGGCCACAUGACGACUCGUAAUUUGCAACCUCUUGUGCUCAAGGCGCAGUGGCAGUAACGAGUGUCACCACGACCAGAAGCAAUCGAGUAUGAUGGGGACUGGUAUGGCGUGCUUCUUAGCAUGAGUACCGAAUAAAGUUCUGAACUAGACGACAUUAAUCUGAGACAGUAUAAUGCGGAGGAAAAGGCACGAAGGGUUUAGAAAUCGGUAUGGGUAGCGAUGGAUUUUGAAUAUUAGCGGCA